GCCUGCCUGCCGCCCAUGAAUCCCAUGAACCCCAUGAAACCCUCCUUGCCGCCCACGCCCCACGGUGAUGGUUCAUUUGCAUAUGAGGCUGUUCCCUGGCAACAGAGCUCCAAUCAGCCCGCGGGAUCCCUCUCCGUGGUAACCACCGUCUGGGGUGUCAGCAACACCUCCCAGAGCCAGGUUUUUGGCAGCCCCAUGGGCCCCGGGGGAGGCAACUCUAGCACCCCGCUGCUGCCUGGCAUGGCUGGCACCGGCACAGGAAUGAGCUCGCCGCCGUUCUUACCGCAGCAGCCCUUCAACGAGGGAGCACCUAGCAAGGGCUACAUGCAGCCAGGCAUCUACGGCCGCAGCACCUACCCUGGUGGGCCAGGCUUUGCUGCCAGCUACGCCGGCAGCCCCACGGGCCCUGCUGGCAUGGGGCUCCCGUCGCAUACCGGCCGUCCCCCAGCUGACUUCACCCAGGCAGCCGCUGCUGCCGCCGUGGCCGCUGCUGCUGCCACAGCCACGGCCACUGCCACAGCGACUGUGGCAGCGCUGCAGGAGAAGCAGAGCCAGGAGCUGAGCCAGUACAGUGCAAUGAGUGGGGGACAGCCCUUCAGCAGCCAGUUCCUGCCCCAUGCUGGACCCCGUGGGCCCACUGGCAUGAGUCCGGCUGGCAUGGCAGGCGUCAUGGCUCCCUCUGGCAUUUCCCCUGUGAGCAUGAGCCCUGCGCGGGCACCCAGCGCCAGUUCCCUGUAUGGGGGGCAGCGGAUGCCCCAGAACACAUACCCUGGCCCCCCUGCGAGCCAGCAGCUGCCCCGGCAGGGCCUCAAGCGGGCGUACUCCAGUGAGGGAUACCCAGCACAGCAGUACCUGCAGGGUGGGCAAUAUGCUGCGGCUGGUGCCCAGUAUGCCCCCAGUGCCCCGCAGCCCUCCACUCCGUCCCCCUCCUACCCUGGCCACAGGCUGCAGCAGGGCGUGGGCCAGUACCUCUCCACCUCGAGCAGUGCCGGACCCUAUUACAAGCCGGCUGAGCAGUUCAACGGGCAGGGCGCUGGCUUCAGCAGCUACAGCCAGGCAGCCAUCAACGGGCCAGGCAGGUCGCUGCCGGGGUACCCCAGCUCGCCGCUGGCAGGGAACCCCACGCCGCCCAUGACACCGGGCAGCAGUGUGCCCCAGUACGCGUCCCCGGGGCAGGACAUCAAGUCGCCCUUCCUGCCGGACAUGAAGCCCAGCGUCACCUCCUUGCACCCAUCCUCCUCAGGGCCGGCCCCCGGGGAGGAGCUGCGUCUGACGUUCCCGGUGCGGGAUGGCGUGGUGCUGGAGCCCUUCCGCCUGCAGCACAACCUGGCCGUCAGCAACCACGUUUUCCAGCUGCGUGACUCAGUCUACAAGACCCUCAUGAUGAGGCCUGACCUGGAGCUGCAGUUCAAGUGCUACCACCAUGAGGACCGGCAGAUGAACACCAACUGGCCAGCGUCAGUGCAGGUGAGCGUCAACGCCACACCGCUGAGCAUCGAACGCGGCGACAAUAAGACUUCCCACAAGCCACUGUACCUGAAGCACGUGUGCCAGCCCGGCAGGAACACCAUCCAGAUCACUGUCACUGCCUGCUGCUGCUCCCACCUCUUCGUGCUGCAGCUGGUGCACCGGCCUUCGGUGCGCUCUGUGCUGCAGGGCCUCAUCAAGAAGCGGCUGCUGCCUGCCGAGCACUGCAUCACCAAAAUCAAACGCAACUUCAGCAGUGGAACCAUCCCCGGGACCCCAGGACCCAACGGUGAGGAUGGGGUGGAGCAGACAGCCAUCAAGGUGUCCCUCAAGUGUCCCAUCACCUUCCGGAGGAUUCAGCUCCCAGCCAGGGGCCACGACUGCCGGCACAUACAGUGCUUCGACCUGGAGUCCUACCUGCAGCUCAACUGCGAGAGGGGGACCUGGCGGUGUCCUGUCUGCAAUAAGACAGCCCUGCUGGAGGGGCUGGAGGUGGACCAGUACAUGCUGGGCAUCCUGAUCUACAUCCAGAACUCUGAGCAUGAGGAGAUCACCAUUGACCCGACCUGCAGCUGGAAACCCGUCCCGGUCAAACCUGACAUCCAUGUCAAGGAGGAGCCCGAGGGGCCGGUGCUGAAGCGUUGCCGGACCCUCAGCCCCACACACAUGGUGCUGCCCAACAUCAUGGAGAUGAUCGCAGCCCUGGGGCCUGGCUCUGCACCCUUCCCGGCAUUGCCACCACCACCACCAGCUGGAGCUGCUGCUGACUACAGUGCCCCGGGUUCCAGCUUUCCAGGACCAGGAGGCUUCCCAGAGCCUUUCCCGCCCCCGGGUGCCCCGGGCACACCAACACUGACCGACUUUGCCCCGGUUCCCCCCCCCAUCUCCUACCAGUCUGACAUUCCUGGCAGCCUCCUGGUUCCUGAGAAGCCCUCAGCACCUCCUCUCCCCGCACAGCUGCCCCUGGCGGGGCGGAUGGAGCCGUCCCAUCCCCCGGUGCAGUCAGGGCUGCACACCCCUGCUGCGGGCAGCCAGCCGGCACAGCCGCUGCACCACCGGAGUGCCCCGGCACGGCCGCCCUUGGCCCACCCCGGCCCAGCGCACGCCCCGGACCUCGCCUUCCCCCCGGCACCCGGCAUGGCCGGCACGGGCGACGGGUCAGAGCCUGCCCUCGACCUCCUGCCCGAGCUGACGAACCCUGACGAGCUGCUCUCCUACCUGGGCCCCCCCGACCUCCCCAGCAACAGCAACGACGACCUCCUCUCCCUCUUUGAGAACAACUGA